AGUAAUGCUGGCAGGUUUGAGUGCUGUCUGCUCUCCAGUCUCUACACUGACAUGGGGAGCACCAGCAAGGUAGGCCAGUUUUUCAACAGGCGACAGAGUCUCUUCCCCAACUACAAAGUCACAGAUCCCGAUGUCAAACGAAGGUCUUCCGAGAUCGCCUACCCGUCAGCGGAGAGCUGCGUGCGGACAUGGAACUCCAUGAAAGAACUGAGUAAAGACAUCUACGACAUCUACGCCGAGUAUGAAGACGAAGACGACGAUGCGCAGCCCGGCUCCUCCAAGCAGAUACCCCCAUCUAAGACAAAUUAUAUGAUCAACAUCAACGUAGGCGGGAAGCCUUACCAGAUAGCCUACAAGAUGGCAGCCAGGUACCCUAAAACCAGAAUAGGACGGCUGGCCACCUACGCCGACCACAGCAUGAAGCUGGACCUGUGUGACGACUACACCGUCACGGGCAAUGAGUUCUUCUUCGACAGAGACCCCGACAUCUUUCACAGCAUCUUCAAUUUUUACCGGACCGGCGUGCUGUGGAUCAAGGACGAGCUGUGCCCCCGCAACUUCCUGGAAGAGAUCAACUACUGGGGGGUGAGGAUCAAGAACACCCACCGCUGCUGCCGCAUCUCCUUCGAGGAGAGGCAGGACGAGCUGAACGAGCAACUGAAGAUCCAGAGGGAGCUGGAGGCUGAGGUGGAGAUCGAGGAGAACGAAGAGCUCUUCCAAGAUAUGUUCAUGGGCCGGAAGCGACGAGCUAUCUGGAACUUGAUGGAGAAGCCGUUUUCGUCAGUCAAGGCCAAGCUGAUGGCGGUGGCUUCCAGUCUCUUUGUCCUGAUCUCACUGGUGGCCAUGACACUGAACACAGUGGAGGAGAUGCAGUACAGGACUCCCAUGGGGCAGCUGAGUGGAAAGACCUACUGGGAGUACGUGGAGUCCAUGUGCAUCGCCUUCUUCACCAUGGAGUACCUGCUACGUCUCAUGUCCACCCCGGACCUCCAAUCCUUCAGCAGGAGUGUGCUCAACACCGUAGACCUGAUCGCCAUCCUGCCUCAGUACCUGCAGGCCUUCCUGGAGUUCUUCGACAACGAGGAAAACUACAUGAAGCACGAAGCCGACAUGCAGGCGGUCGGGCAGGUGGGGAAACUGGGUCAAGUCCUGCGGAUCAUGAGACUGAUGCGGAUCUUUCGCAUCUUAAAGCUGGCGCGGCACUCCACGGGCCUGCGGGCGUUCGGCUUCACGCUGCGCCAGUGCUACCAGCAAGUGGGCUGCCUGUUCCUCUUCAUCGCCAUGGGGAUCUUCAGCUUCUCUGCCAUGGUUUAUACCGUAGAGCAUGACAUGCCUCAAACCAACUUCACCAGCAUUCCUCACGCAUGGUGGUGGGCGUCGGUCAGCAUCUCCACCGUGGGCUACGGCGACGUCUACCCAGAGACCAUCUUGGGUCGCCUCUUUGCCUUCAUUUGCAUCGCUUUCGGAAUCAUCCUCAACGGCCUGCCCAUAUCCAUCCUCUUCAACAAGUUCUCCGACUACUACUCCAAACUCAAGUCCAAUCAGUACACGGCCUCCUUGAAGAACCGAGGGAGAGUGAGGUUGGCCAAGAGAACCUCCCAGAAGCUUAACCACUGCUUUGGGAAUGGCCACUGUCAUGCAAACUGACUCAUUGACACUAAAACAACUUUAUUGGAGAUUCUCUGCCUGAACACACCAGAAGUAGUUAAUAAACUACUGAACUGAUCAAUGCUUCCUUUUGUAACCUGAACUUUUGUCUUUUUUUCAAAAUAUCUUUCUAAUUCUGUACAAUAAAUUUACUUUG